UGACCGGCAAGGGGCAGAUUGGUGUCACAUUGUCAGUCGCAGCCAGUCCUCGAAAAUAGUUUAUUGUAAAAGUGCACCCAAGGAAAUCGGUGCGCUGCUGAUUGAGGAGAGAAAUAUGGCCGGUGGCGACGAUUCGAUUGUUGUCGAUUCCGAGAAGCAGGAGACUGUUUUAACUAUUACUAACUAACGACCCAGGGCGGUGCUUUUUCGAGUACAAAGUUAUUCUACGCAUUGCAUAGUGUUGAUGCACAAUGAAGAAAAUGCGACCGUCCAAGAAGGUUCUUUGCAAGCAAAUGUCGACCCACUCUCUGCACCCCCUGGUCGGGAAGACCAAUUACAAAGUCAGCAGCAUCCCCAUCAUCUGUAGGACCUGUAGGUGUCCAAGAGCCAUUAUGAUUGAGCGGGAGGAACUGAUCGGGGGGCCACCGGCCGCCCCCGUGGGUACCCCGACGGCGGCACCGAUGACGGCCCCCGCGAAGAGCAGGGGUUAUCGCGUGGUGGCUGCCAGAGCAGCGAAGGAGACGCUUUUCUUCGCGCACUGCGCCUCCACUAGCCAGACGCUCCGCAUGACCAGAGGCAAAGACUUGAAGCAAACUUCAUUGGACAUGCGUGUGGUGCGGGUGGCCGUUGCGGAAUUUCUGGCCACAGCUAUCCUCGUGGGGGUCGGCUGUGCCGGCUGCACAAAUGCCCUUUCUCACGAUAAGGGCAAUUUUUCGUCUUUCACGUCUGCCCUAGGAUUUGGACUCACCGUCGGAAUACUUGUCCAGGUAUUUGGCCACAUAAGUGGAGCGCAUUUGAACCCUGCAGUGACAAUUUGUGCUGCAAUUCUGCAAGCAAUUGAGGCCAAAAUGAUGCUCGUCUACAUCCCUGCACAAGUUUUGGGCGCCACGGCAGGAUUUGGAAUUCUCAGAUUAGUGACGCCUUUGAGUAUAAUUUUGGAGGACUCGCACCACGAGAAUGGUUUCUGCACAACCGUUCCAAACGCCGAGCUUUCUUUAUCGGACGCCUUUUGCUCAGAAUUUGUGGCCACCGCACUGCUCAUUCUGCUGGUGUGCGCGUCCUGGGAUUCGAAGAACCCAAACUGCCAAAAUCUACCCACACAGUUUGCUUUGGGCAUAACAGGGAUAGGCAUGAUAUUUGGCCCUCGGAGUGGUUCCAGUAUGAACCCAGCAAGGUCAUUUGGUCCCGCCGUUUGGAACGGAGUUUGGACAAGUCAUUGGCUAUACUGGUUGGCACCAAUUUUGUCUGCAAUUUUGACGACAACCCUCUACAAAACUGUUUUCGGAUUCGGACAGCUUGAGAAGGAGGAGGAAAUUGACACAAAUGAAAUGGAGGACUUGGGAAUCACAAACAACCAUUCCGAAGCGUGAAAUUCUAACUUUUUGCAAUUUUUUAAAGCCACAUGUGCUACGAGUCGUGGUGUUGGUGAAAAACGUUUUAUCUUCACCGUACCAAAAUCAAAUGUUCGAUACGCUUCUGACGCUCUUGGACAGGCAAAUGUACGUAAAAUCAAAGUUCCAGUGAAUAUUGUGUGUGCAAAAAAUGCUGUGCAAAAUUAUUAGAAAAUUUUGUAAAUUGAAAGCAAUAAUUUUAAGUUUAUACUAUAUUUAAUUUUUACUUAAAUCUAAAAUAAUAGUUACCAACAAUUAGUUUUUUUAUAAAUAAAUUUAAAGUUUUUAUUAGUGAAAGUUGCCCUAUUUUCUAUGACAGCUCAAAACUGAAGUUUUGAAAACAUGUUUUUUUUUAUUAUUAAUUUGCACAAAAAAAGCUGUGAAUUUGAGACUUAAACUUGGAAAAAAUAUGUAGUAAAUUGCUUCUAGCUAUAUUCUAAAUUUCUGACGCUGAAGUGUUGCUUUUGAAUCUUGCUAUGAAUCUGUGUGUAAAUAAUUAUAUCCUCCUUUGCCGAGCUGAACUCGACCUUAAGAAUAAAAAUACGAAACCGAAAUAAAACUCAA